ACCGGGUGGGACCUAGGAGCCGGCGAGGAGGGCUAAGGGGCGGCGGGGCGGGGAGCUGAGAGGCAUGGCGCGGCCCGAUGACGAGGUGGGGCCGGCCGUGGCGCCCGGGCACCCGCUGGGGAAGGGAUACCUUCCGGUGCCCAGGGGCGCCCCGGACGGGGAGGCGCGCUUGGAGCGGCAAGACGGGCCUGAGGCGCUGAACGGAGGCCCCGGGCUCGGCCCGCUGGUCGUGGGAGCCCAGGGCGGGCCGCAAGCCCUGAUAGCGGCGGAGGAGGAGACCCAGGCUCGGCUGUUGCCCGCGGGCGACGGGGAGGACGUCCCAUGCCCCGCGUGUCCCCCGCGCACAGCGCUGUCGCCGAGGCGCUUCGUGGUGCUGCUCAUCUUCAGCCUUUACUCGCUGGUGAACGCCUUCCAGUGGAUCCAGUACAGCAGCAUCAGCAACGUGUUCGAGGACUUCUACGAGGUGUCGCCGCUGCACAUCAACUGGCUGUCCAUGGUGUACAUGGUGGCCUACGUGCCCCUCAUCUUCCCGGCCACCUGGCUGCUGGACACGCGAGGCCUGCGGCUCACGGCGCUGCUGGGCUCCGGCCUCAACUGCCUGGGAGCCUGGGUCAAGUGCGGCAGCGUGCAGCGGCACCUCUUCUGGGUCACCAUGCUGGGGCAGAUCCUGUGCUCCGUGGCCCAGGUCUUCAUCCUGGGCUUGCCCUCCCCCGUCGCCUCGGUAUGGUUUGGACCCAAGGAGGUGUCGACGGCUUGUGCCACAGCAGUGCUGGGCAAUCAGCUUGGAACUGCAGUUGGCUUUUUGUUGCCACCUGUUUUAGUGCCUGCCAUGGGCACAAAGAAUAACACAGGCCUCCUGGCUCACACACAGAAUAACACAGACCUCCUGGCUCAUAACAUCAACAUCAUGUUUUACGGAACAGCAUUUAUCUCCACAUUUUUAUUUUUUUUAACAGUAAUUGCAUUCACGGAGAAGCCUCCGUUGCCUCCCAGUCAGGCUCAGGCAGUUCUUCGAGACAGCCCCCCUGAAGAGUACUCCUACAAGACUUCUAUCUGGAACCUGUGCAGAAACAUCCCCUUUGUUCUCCUGCUGGUCAGUUACGGCAUCAUGACUGGAGCAUUUUAUUCAAUUUCAACAUUAUUGAAUCAAAUAAUAUUGACAUAUUAUGUGGGAGAAGAGGUGAAUGCUGGAAGGAUCGGGCUGACACUGGUGGUAGCUGGAAUGGUGGGCUCUAUUCUCUGUGGCUUAUGGCUGGACUAUACCAAAACCUACAAGCAGACAACUCUGAUAGUGUACAUUCUGUCUUUCAUUGGAAUGCUCAUAUUCACAUUCACACUGAACCUCGGGCACAUCAUCGUGGUGUUUUUUACUGGUGGGAUCCUUGGCUUCUUCAUGACUGGUUACCUGCCCCUGGGCUUUGAGUUUGCCGUGGAGAUCACUUACCCUGAGUCUGAGGGCAUGUCCUCAGGGCUCCUCAACACUGCUGCACAGAUACUUGGAAUUUUGUUCACAUUGGCUCAAGGAAAGAUCACAACAGACUAUAAUAGUCCAGAGGCAGGAAACAUUUUCCUUUGUGUCUGGAUGUUUGUAGGCAUCAUUUUAACAGCAUUGAUCAAGUCUGAUCUGAGAAGGCACAAUAUAAACACUGGGCUUACAAACAUUGACGUUAAAGCUGUACCAGAUGAUAGUCUGGUAGAUCCAAAACCAAAAGUGAUGCUGUCUGUACAGUUGGAAUCUUCACUCUGAAGAAGGCAAUGUGGCUGCCCUUCCACAUGGGGAUGUGGCUUCGUCUUCGGCAGCUGUGUGAGGUGUGAGACACUUGAAAGUUACUGGAUGAAUUCUGAAUGUUUUGUGUUAAGCAGUGAUUUUGCUUAAAAUGUCUUUGUUUACCUCGUGUUGCCACUCCCACUCGUGUAAUAGUGUCUAUUUUCAGUUAUGUAUUGUGUACCUGAAAGUAACAUUUUGACAUUUUUUCAGGAUGCUUUGUUUUUUAUGGGUGUCUAGAUCUUGUAAGACAUAUAAGAGUGUGCAAUUCACAUAUAAACACAUCUGGUACAUUCCCAGUCAGUUGUCACUUGAUUGUACUGACCAUGUCAGGGUCACGGUCAGAGUCACAGUGUGAGUGCAGAGUCCCAUGAGAACCGCUGACCCACUCAGACAGGGCUGGGGUUAGAGUCCCAUCUCUUACACACCUGUGUGACCCACUCAGACAGGGCUGGGGUUAGAGUCCCAUCUCUUACACACCUGUAUGACCCACUCAGACAGGGCUGGGGUUAGAGUCCCAUCUCUUACACACCUGUGUGACCCACUCAGACAGGGCUGGGGUUAGAGUCCCCUCUCUUACACACCUGUGUAUUGUGACACGUUCUGUCCCACAAAAACAAACAAAAUGGUUCUAUGCACAGAUUGAAUCCAUUAUACUCUGGUUAGCUAGGAGCUGAGACACACACAGAUCAUCUGAGAUCCUCUCUGUGCUGCCUUCAUACAGAUAAAUGUCAGUGCAGUACAACUUGAAAUAGCAGUUUUAUGUCCUUUGUCCAUUUUCACUCUCUUAAAAGAAACUUUCAUCAUCUGUGUUAUGGGCUAGCUUGUGAUUUCUUACAUCACAUCUAUAUUUUGCCUCGAAGAUACCCAAGAUAAGGAAGUCUGUGGUAACUUCAGAGAGCCAAUGUGUCUCCAUUCUGUGGAGAGUCCUUGAAAUACUAGCUGCUGUCUUUCCAGGAUCAUUCCUCUGUCUGACCACUGUUUUUAAGGAUUACCAGCCCUUGCAUAUGUCCUGUGAACGCUGGGAGCAGGUUCUGCUGCUCCACACAGUGUGUGUAGUCAGUACUCUGUGAACACUAUCUCAUACACGCUCAGGACAAGGCGAAUGGGACCAAGUGAAUUUUCACAGUGCCUACCACUGUGUCUUGUUUACAGUGAGAAUUAAAUGUCUUUGAUGUUUUGACUCUUAAGCUUACAUUCAUGACAUUUGAUCAAUCAUAAUAUUUACAUAGUGUGAUUUUGUAAAUUUUACAAAAAUUUUACAUAAUAUAAAAAUGCACACAGAAAAAGUAAUCAUGUAAUGAAUAUGGUUGAAGCAAAUGCAACUUUGAUUUAGGCAAAAUAUGCAUAGAUUUAUCUUGAUAUUAUAUUCUCUUUCAUCAAAUUACUAUAAAUUAUGUGGAAUUUGACAUUGGAGAAUGUACUGAAAGAACUUAGUAUCACUCAGGGUCAGGAAUUCUGGUUUUGUGUCCUGGGUAUGUUCUGCCUUGGUAACUCUGGACACAUCAUUUAUCCUCUCUGGCAGCAUUUUCCUGAUCCAUGAAAUAAUGCAUUCACACUGAUCUAAAAGAUCUUUUUAAAAUAUUGUCAUUCAUCACGAAGUAGACCAAAUUAUGGUACCACAGGAAUUUAGAAAUCUAUCUAUAAUUGGUGGUACACACCUACACCCUGUCUUGAAAAACCAAAAAGUAAGAAGGAAAGAGAAGGAAGGAAGGAAGGAAGGAAGGAAGGAAGGAAGGAAGGAAGGAAGGACGGAAGGAAGGAGCCUAGUUAGAGUAAACAAUUGUGAUUGAUUAUGUAGAGACAGAGAACUUCAGGUAUAUUUUUAACUUUUUUAGUCUGUAAUAGUUCAGGUAGAAUCUGUAUCAUCAAUAACUUCUUUUAGUAUUUCUGUCACAAGUUACAAAUGACCAAAAAUACGCUGUCUCCCCCCACUGUUUCUGUUUUUAAAUUGACAGUGUUGUUUACAAGAUCACAUACAUGUUACUUCCUGAAGCUUUGAACAAAUUACAGAUAAAAGUUGGAAUACUUAAUGUCUGAAAAGUAUAUUCUUGUUUUGUUUUUUUAUUGUUUGGAAAAGUGAUAAAGUAUGAUGUAAUAAUGCAAAAUGAAUUGAUGAUGUUCUCAGUAUUUUAAGUGGAUGUAUGGGUAAUAUAUCAGAUAAGAAUUUGAUAAAAUUCUAUGUCAUGGGUAUAGAAGUAGUAAUUAUCAUCACCUGUGUCUGCUUUCCUCAGAUGGUUUCAGAAGCUGUUGCAUCUGUAAAUGUUGUGACAUAGCUUUUGUCUAUAGAGAUUGUUGGAGUAAUAUCUUUGAAAAUGUUUGUUAACAACUGGAACGGCACCUGUGUCUGAUGUCUUCAUUCCUGUUCUUAUUUUUGCUACUUUUAUAAUUUCUCUAUGUGCCUGUUCUUCAU